CAGUCCUUCGCUGUUUCCAUUUGAUUCUCGGCAGAAGAGCGGAGGGUUUUUUCCCUUUCUUUCUUUCUUUCUUUCUUUUUCUUGCCAUUUUGUGGCAGCACUCAGUUUGGAGACGCGAAGUUCUGCCUGGAUUAGGGGAGUAAGAAGGAGCGAGUCCGAGAAGGUUCGACGCUCGAGAGAAAGAGGGCCGGCAACGGCGUAGCCGGGUGGGGUGCCGGGGGGACAUGGCCACCGUGGGAGCCGUAGCGGAGGGCCAUCUUGAGCCGGCUGGAGAUGGCAGUCACCCUGAAACGCACUCGGCGAGCGACCCUGGCGGGCUGUCAGUACUGGAGCAGCUGGGGUUGGACCAAGGCUCGGACCUGGCCGAUUCCAGCGUGCAGCAGCGCCUGGACGAGCGGCGGGAGCACAUUCGGCGAGAGAUCCGUAAAGAGCUGAAGAUUAAGGAGGGUGCGGAGAAUCUGCGGCGAGCCACCACUGACCGGCGCUGCGCCCUGCAGGUGGACGGCCAGCUGCGCACCUCCACCCGUCGCCUGGACAGCCUGCAUGCACAGCUGCAAGAGUUGGAUGCCCAUAUUGUGGUGAAGGGUUCAGAUGAAACACGUGUGUUGCCCCCAGAUGUCCACCGCUCCCCUGGAGCCGCCAGCUGUCCGGCCGCCACCCAGGAUCGCAUUGCGGCUCUGGAGCGGCAGCUCAACAUCGAACUCAAGGUCAAACAGGGCGCUGAGAACAUGAUCCCCAUUUAUGCCAACGGUGCCACCAAGGACAAGAAGCUACUGCAAGCCGCGCAGCAGAUGCUGCAGGACAGCAAGACGAAGAUAGACAUCAUCCGCAUGCAGAUCCGCAAGGCCGCACAGGCUGAAGAUGUGCAAGGCAGACCGGACCUGUGCGGAGCGGAACUGCGGGUCGAGGAGCUGUGGCACCGUUACCGGGUGGAACACGCCGUUGCCGAGGGCGCCAAGAACGCACUGCGUCUGCUGGGGGCCGCCAAGGCCCAGGACAGGAAGGCCAUGUCAGAGGCUCAGGCUCGGCAGAGCGAGUCGUCCCAACGGCUGGACAUCCUGCGUCGCUCCCUGCAGCAGCGGAUGGCUGAGCUGCCGGAGGAUCACCCCAAGGCACGGCUGAUCACGGAGGAGCUGGCCCUGGCUGCCUCCUCGGCCUUCAGCUCCCGCUACGGCGGCCCCAACCUGCACAACCAGCACAACCAGCACAGCACGCUCAGCAAGCCGUCACCGCUCACCGGGUCCUUGCAGAUUCGCCUCCUGGGCUGCACAGGUCUCCAGGAAGCUGUGCCGGGACGCAGCCGUGGGUCCUCAGCUCCCCUCCCGUGCUACGCGUGUCCCGCGGAGGGGCGCUCCUUCAUGCGCGGCACCAAGGGACUGUACUCCCGUGGCAACAGCAUGAGCAGCAAGGCCCCGGGCAAAGCCGAUGAACUGUCGACUGAGGUGAGCGCCGUGCUGAAGCUGGAGAGCGGCGUGGUGGCUCAGACGGCCUGGAAGCCCAUGGGGGAGCAGGUGUGGGAGCAGACCUUCACUGUGGAGCUGGAGAGGUCCAGGGAGAUGGAGAUCGCAGUCUACUGGAGGGACUAUCGGUCCCUGUGCGCCCUCAAGUACCUCAGGCUGGAGGACUUCCUGGACAACCAGAGGCAUCGGGUUCGGCUGGAGCUGGAGCCGCAGGGGGAGCUUCUGGCGGAGGUGAUGUUCUUCAACCCCACCUUCCAGAGGGCUGUGCGUCUGCGGAGGCAGAAGAAGGUCUUCUCCAAGCAGCAAGGUAAGGCGUUCCUCCGGGCCCGGCAGAUGAACGUGGACAUCGGCACGUGGUUGCGGUUCCUGAGGAACGCCAUCCCCACAGGCAACCACACCACGCUCCCCCAUCAGUCUGGGGAGAUCCCUGUGGAGAAGCUGAACCUGGACGGGGAUUCGUCUCCAAAGGAUGGCAGCAGGAAGGGAUCUGACACUCAGGCUCAGGUACGAGCGCCUGCGACCGAGUCCCCCGCUGCCAGAGACCUUGCCCUCAAUCGGCCGUCCAGGACUCCAUCCCACAGCUCCCAGCAGAGGAAGCAGAAGAAAACCUCCCUGCGUCUGCAGGACUUCCGGCUCAUGGCAGUGCUGGGAAGAGGGCAUUUUGGGAAGGUGCUGCUGUGCCAGUACAAGAAGACAGGCAGUCUGUACGCCAUCAAAGCGCUGAAGAAGGGGGACAUUCUGGCACGGGAUGAGGUGGAGAGCCUUACGUGCGAGAAGCGCAUCUUCGAGACGGUCACCAGAUCCCAUCAUCCGUUCCUGGUCAACCUGUUUGCGUGCUUCCAGACACCGGAGCACGUGUGCUUCGUCAUGGAAUACACGGCCGGCGGCGACCUCAUGAUGCACAUCCACACGAACGUCUUCGCGGAGCCCCGUGCCGUGUUUUACUCUGCGUGCGUGGUUCUCGGCCUGCAGUUUCUUCACGAACAUAAAAUUGUGUACCGGGACCUCAAACUGGAUAACCUCUUACUGGACAGAGAUGGUUAUGUGAAGAUUGCAGACUUUGGUCUUUGUAAAGAAGGGAUGGGCUACGGAGACAAAACCAGCACAUUCUGCGGCACGCCGGAGUUCCUGGCGCCCGAGGUGCUGACAGACACGUGCUACACCAGGGCUGUGGACUGGUGGGGACUGGGAGUACUGGUGUUUGAGAUGCUGGCUGGAGAGUCUCCGUUCCCCGGUGACGAGGAAGAGGAAGUGUUUGACAGCAUCGUCAACGAUGAAGUUCGUUACCCUCAGUUCCUCUCUGCUGAAGCGACCAGCCUCAUGAAACGGCUGCUCAGGAGGAAUCCGGAGCGCCGCCUUGGGUCGGGGGAGAAGGAUGCAGAGGAAGUGAAGAAGCAGCCUUUCUUUAGGGACGUGGACUGGGAAGCACUCUUCCAGAAGAAGCUGCCCCCUCCCUUUGUGCCUUCCAUCAGCGGGGAGGAAGAUGUCAGCAACUUUGAUGAGGAGUUCACCACCGAGAGGCCCACCCUGACACCACCCAAGGAGCCCCGUCCAAUCUCCCGCAAGGACCAGGAAAUUUUCAGGGACUUUGAUUUUGUUUCAGACCUCUGCUAGGGUCCACGAGAGUGAGGUCUGGGCAGGUAUUGUCUGACUUAUAUAGCCGGUCUAUGGAUAUUUUCCCUGUGCUUUAAUGUGAUUCAGGGGCUUUGGGUGCAAAGGAUUCCUUCGCUCCGGUGUAGGUCGGCUGAAGGGCGCCCAUGUGCUGCAGAAGAUAAGAGCUUUACACUGUGAUCUUGAAAGCUGUGCUGUCUGUCAUUCCCAGAUGAAGUGACGAAGAGCAGGCAAUCCAUGUAGACAGCUGCAAAGAGGCUGAAAGAGAGCGGAAGUUGUCUAUUACUGCCGUGGUCCUUUUGUUUACAACAGUGGUUACCACUUUUUUUUUUUUUUUUAAUUGCACCUGAAUUCUUAUAUACGUUGUUCUACAGUGUUAUUUGCCCUUUUUUGAAACUACAUUUUUCCUUUUUACAUGUGUCCUUUAUGUAUCGCUGUGGUGAUUUCACACUGACUCUCACUUCAAUAUAAUAUGCAAUUAACAUUUCCUAAACCCGAAACAAAAACACAAGAAAGUCAAAAACAAACAAAUUUUUUGCACUUUUCAUUUUUUUAAGAAAGCAGUUUAUUUUGUGACAACAUCCUCACAAGGUCUUCUUUGGCAUUAAUAUCUUUGUCAAGAUAUUUCCUUUGAAAAUGACCCUUAAACAUUUCCCAGAGACAGACAGACAGACAGACAGAGCAAGACAACAAUUGUAUCAAUGGACAAGGCAGGUAGAGGUCUGCAGACACACUAGUGAUGACAGUGGUUUGACAUUUAUUGACAUUUUUCAUUGUAUGCUGCUUUAUAUUGAUUACAAAUCAUGAUGAGACCAUUUUUGCACCUCCUGUAAGAAUUACAGCUCACUGUGAUCCAUUGCCAUGGUAAAUAUUCCUUUGUCUCAUUGGAGUGAGUAAUUUUUUUUUUAAUUAUUAUUUUGUAUUUCCUUUUGGUUUGUGAAGGGCUGCAAACCCAGUGGUGUAUUCA